UUGCAUUGCAUGUUAAAAUUAAAACCACGCCCUGAAUCUCGCACUUUAUUACAAGCGGUCCCUGUCCAUCAUUAGCCUGUUUUACCCCUAAACGAAGGAGGACUGUGGGUGUCUGCAGUUGUGCAAGCAGCAAAGAUGGCGACUCUGUACAGUCCCCCUGACUUCUGGAGGUCUUACCCUAUCCUCAUAUCUGCUCAGUACAGUGGGGCCCAGAUUACAAUGGUCCCUUCUCUCCCUGACUUUAAAGGGGAGGACAGCCAGGAGACCGACCACUUGUCUAAGUUCCCCUUCAGAAAGGUACCAGCCUUUGAAGAAAAUGGUUUUCAGAUCCAGGAGGCCACUGCCAUUGCUAAUUACGUGGCCGGCGAUGUUCUGCGGGGUGCAGGCCCUCAGGACCAGGCUUUGGUGCAGCAGUGGGUGAAUCUUGCCGAGGGGGAGAUAAUCCCCUCAAUGACCACCUGGGUCUACCCAAUAAUGGGUGUGGCAGCCUAUAGUGACAAGGCCUGUGAGAAGGCGAAGGAGGUGCUCCUAGGAGUCCUGUCUGUCCUCAACCAGCACCUCCUCCCACGGACCUUCCUAGUUGGAGACACGGUCACGCUGGCAGACAUCUCUGUGGCCUGCGCGCUCCUCCUGCUCUUCACACAGGUGAUGGAACCCUCGAUGCGCCAGCUGUACCUGAACGUGACUCGCUGGUUCUGCACUUGUGUCCACCAGCCUCAGUUCCGCACCGUGCUUGGGGAUGUGAUUCUGUGCAAGACUGCAUCCCCAGGCAAGCUUGACGGCAAACCAGCAAGCACUGAGAUCAUAAAGAACCAACAGCAGGAGGUGAGGUCCUUGUCGGAGGUGGAGGUGCAACAGGUGGAGGUACACAAGCAGCAGGAGGGCGUUCAGCAGGAGGGCGUUCAGCAGGUGGAGCAGCAGCAGCAGGAGCAGCAGGUGGAGCCGCAGCAGCAGGAGCAGCAGGUGGAGCCGCAGCAGCAGGAGCAGCAGGUGGAGCAGCAGCAGGAGCAGCAGCAGCAGCAGCAGGAGGAUGGACUGGAUCCUACUGAAGAAGCUGUGGCAGCUGAACCCAAAGCCAAAGACCCCUUUGCCUCUCUGCCCAAGAGCACCUUUGUCCUGGACGAGUUCAAACGGACGUACUCAAACGAGGACACGCUGACUGUGGCACUCCCAUACCUGUGGAAGAAGCUGGACCGUGAAGGCUGGUCACUCUGGUACUCUGAGUACAAGUACCCCAGUGAGCUCGGUCAGGUGUUCAUGAGCUGUAACCUCAUCACAGGAAUGUUCCAGAGGCUGGACCGCCUGCGUAAGCAUGCCUUUGCCAGCAUAGCCCUGCUGGGCACAGACGGGGAUAGCUCCAUCUCUGGCGUCUGGCUCCUCCGUGGGCAGCAACUGGCCUUUGAGCUGUGUGAGGACUGGCAGGCGGACUAUGAGUCUUACUCCUGGAGGAAGCUGGACCCUGAGAGUGAGGAGACUUGCACCUUGGUCAGGGAGUACCUAAGCUGGCAGGGCGACUUCAAGCACGUGGGCAAGUCUUUCAACCAAGCCAAGAUCUUCAAGUGAAGCUCCAAUGAAAUUCACCCCCCAACCCCGCUUAACAAAGGCACCUUUAAAAAAAUAAAAAUAAAAUGAUGAUGAUGAUAAUCAAAAAAGGAAAUUCCAUUUGAGAAGUGAUACUUUGGUGUGGCAUAUUGUCACAGUUGGUAGUUUCCAGCAUUACACUGCCUACCUUGCUUUACUGCUUGCCUGCACAGAAUAUUCCAAAGGUUCAUGACAUGUGUGACCUGUCAUUGAAUGUAGAGCCAGUUGGUUCAUUUUGCUGCUAGUGUUUUGUUCACGGUCAGAGUACUGUAUAGAUGUGAUUUCCCCCUCCCUGAUGGUCAUGUGAUGCUCAGUUUGACUGACUGUUUUUGUCAUGUUUUGUGUAAGUGGUGAAGAGCCUUAAAUCAGCUUCUCAGGCCCAAACUCAUGUAACUGAAUGUCCUCUACCUCUGCUAAUAAAUUGAAACUGCACUGGA